UAUCAGAGGUCUGAUUAUUACCAAAAGCUGUCAAAAAUUGAACCGGAUUUGUGUAAAGGUGCAAAGCGUGGACACUGUCAUCAUGAACAAUUCAAAUCGUGAACCAUCUAAGGCAUUAGGUCAAGUCAUAUACAAAGAGCAAUAUUUGCACCAGAAAGAUAAAACUAAGGAUAUCGGGAUGAAGUCUGCCCUACAUUCCAACCUUUCAGCGAGUUCAUCUAGCACACUUUAUGGUCGUCAGCUGAGCAUUAACUACACAAACCAAAAAGAAUGUACGGGACAUAAUAGGCAAAGUUACUCUACUAAGCCUGAUUACGAAAUUAUAGGAUCGGAAGGGUACAGAGCGGGCAAUCUGUCACCAGACAGCUUACCCCAAUGCCCAAAUAACACCGGAAAUGUACAAAAUCAUAAUUACUUGAACUCAUACGCUGUGGGGUAUGAGUUAGAAGGACACGGACGUAUGACGGAUUUCUCAACAAAGCAUACGGGUACUGAAGUUAAUUGCAAACAUACACUGAAUCAAUACAUCAAUCACUGCAAUUACAUUAAUGAAAAACCUCGUGAAACAAAUGGAUGGCAUUACCCAAACGGUUCACUGAUAGAUGCAUUUCUAGCAAAGAAGAUGAACACGUGUCGUACGAGAUUUUUGCGUCAAACAUCUCCAUUACGUAACUUACAACACUGUCAGGACAACAGUUUGAAAAGUGAAUCAUAUUUGGAAUCUCGCAGUGGACCUCUUUCAUCUCGACAAGCGGAUGUGCAGCAAUUGUCCACAAGUGUUGCCAACAAUGGGCAGAACCACUCAGAAUGCUAUCGAAGUAACAGCCAACUGCUCGAAGAUGGCCAAGAGAACCAGGGUUGCAGUAAAACAAAUAGAACAACGGAAUGGGCAUCGCGUAACGAAAUACAGGGAACCUCCUUCAUGUUGCCAACGAUGUCGAGUGAACGGAAGAAUCAGCAGCACUUGAUCAAUUCUUUAAGUCAACUUAUCUCGCCAUCUCGACGAGCAGCGUCUGUAAGUCCUAACAGUCGUGCAUCGGAAAUGGAAUCAUUUAAAGAACCCGUUCCAUACUUUGAACAAGCUCAGAUGGCGACUGAAGAGAACAUAUCCGUUCACUACGAAGCGUCUCAAACCGAAGAACAAAAUACACCUCAUAGAAAACACUUGCCUCCCAAGAAAAGGAAUGAUGAGACGUUAAACGACCUACACAAAUUACGUCUAAAUUCUUCCCAGAACAAAAAUGGAGUAACGACUCCAAACGCGUCAUCUAAAGAACUGUUAAUUUUUCAAACAAUGCAGCGCGUUAAAAGCGAAGAAUGGGACGUGGCGCUAAAUGGCUUAGCGGAAAUCACAGAACUUUGCCAAGAUAUUAAACCUGAUGCUAUAUAUCCACACAUGACCAACAUAAAUCAAAAACUUCUAGAAUUGCUACGUAGCCCCAGAUCACAUGUCACAAGAACUGCAUGUCAAAUUGCUGGUCGGCUCUUUGAGUUAAUGAAGGAUACAAGGAGACCGGAGUUUGAUGAUAUUGUAGAAAUGCUCUUAACCAAAACUGCAGAUGCGAGUAAAUUCAUUCGAAAUGAUGCAAAUUUAUCUCUCGAUACCAUGGUUACUCAUAUUCCUAUUUAUCAUGCCGUAAAAUCGAUAUGUUUGAAAGGUCCACACCACAAAAAUCCUCUCGUAAGAAACGCAUCAAUUAGAUUAAUUAUUUGCGCAGUAGUUAUAGCAGAUCCUGAUGUAAUUCUGCACUCUCAAGCACACGAGCACACCAGAAAGCGAAUCAUCCAGUUUCUUCCUCAAUUUUUAUCAGACAGACACCUAGAGACCAGAAAAUACGGCGAGCGCUUAUAUAAAAUUUUUUCAAAAGAUCCUGAUUUCGAUACCCAUUUAAAGAAAUAUUUAGAACCGAAGGAAGUAAGUCGUCUAAACAGUAUAGUGAAAAAUGAGAGGAGGAAGAGAUGAUAUACGGCAAUUGAAAAUUUGAAGAUAGUUUUUUACUGAUUUGCUUAGCAUUCAGUAUACUCGUAUCUAGUUACUAAAAAUUUCGGUUUUGUUCUU